CUAUUAAGGAGGGACAUAAAACCUGUCUGAUGAGUUAUAUGGCACAGCCGCAGCAUGAUAUUUAAUUAUGCCUAGAUUUCCAUUUGUAGCAGUUUGUAGCCACUUCUUCAAAAUGCUUCAUUUUUUCAUCUUAAUUCUUAACAUUUCAAAGGGCAGAUCAAAUAAUGCAGACGUUGUGGCUCAGAAUCAUCUGAAGAUUGUUCAAGCUGGAGACAGUGUUAAUUUCGCCUGUAUUUUUCAAAGAGAUACAAGACCCACCAUUAUUUGGGUCAAACAAAAAGUUGGAGAGAAGCCCCUUCCGAUCGUAAAAACAUUUCAGGGUUUACCUGCCAAAUUUGAGAAUGACUUCGACAAACAUAACCGUUUUUUUACAGCGAAAGAUGACAGCAGUUUUAAUUUGAGCAUCACAAACACAGAAGAAUCAGACACUGCAACAUACUAUUGUGCUCAAUAUUCAUAUGAUUUCAAAUUUGAUAAAGUCAUUUAUCUUAUUGUUAAAGGCAAACAACUGAACAUGCAGUCUGAUCAUCAGACACCUGCCACAGAUCCAGUGCAUCCAGAAGACUCUGCAGUGGCGCUGCAGUGCACCGUCCUCACUCAGAGCUGUGCAGGAGAACACAACGUCUACUGGUUCAGACGUGAAUCUGGAGAAUCUCCUCCAGGAAUUAUAUUCACUCAGGAGCGCAGGAACGCUCAAUGUGAGAGGAGAUCUGAUGUGAACUCUACUGCACACAAAUGUAUCUACAGCCUGCCCAAGAGGAACCUCAGUCUCUCUGAUGCUGGGAUUUACCUCUGCGCUGUGGCCGCAUGUGGAGAGAUACUGUUUGGAGAUGCAAGAAAACCUGAUUUGCCAAGGCUAGAAACACCAUGGAGCAAAAUUGCAGUAGUUUUAGCAUCUUCAAACUGUUUAUCUGUGAUUGUGAUCAUUAUUCUGGGUGCACAGUUACACAAGCACCAGCAGAAAGACAGAAUCACCCACAUUGUGCUGGAUAAAUCAGUGGCUGAUGUCACCACUACUGUCAGUUAUACAGUGAACGGUUGAAAGAAUAAAGAAUUUUAAAAAAUGCUAAUGCUUUUUUAAUGCUAAACAAAUAAAUAAAUCAUCAUCAUCAUCAUCAUCCUAACCCAUCUCUUAGAUUGUUUAAAACUAUUGGAAACAAAUAAAAUAAAAAAUAAGACAAUAAUACAAUAAUGGAAUCCUGACUGGGUGAAUCAGCAUCAAGCCAAAUGUUGUUGAU